CGCUGUAACUACUCCGCCAAGCCUUCACAACUCGCCAAUGGUUGUUCAGGUGAAAACACGCAUUCGCUACAGCAGCAAAAGCAUGGAGGGCAAUCAGCAGAAAGUGGAGGCCAAUAUAGUGUUACUUGGAGCUGAAAACGUUGGAAAGUCUGCCCUAACCGUGCGCUUCCUCACGAGGCGGUUUAUUGGAGAAUAUGGAGAUAUAGAGUCAAUAUACAGCCACACUGACAAGAUCGACGGGCGUGAUAUUUGUUUUAACAUUUGGGACUCGAUUUGCCCGCAGAAUGGAGAGGAAUCGGGAUACAUCAGCGACAGACAGCUGCAAUGGGCGGACGGCUAUAUCCUCGUUUACAGCAUCUGUGACGGCGCCAGCUUCAAUGUGGUGCGGCAGCAAGUCCAGCGCAUACGGCAAGCCAAGCAGAAACCGACCAGUACAGCUCCGAUUAUCAUCGUGGGGAAUAAACGAGAUCUCCAGCACCGGCGCACGGUGUCCAGUGAGGAGGGUCGGCUGUUGGCGCUCUCGGCGGACUGCGGGUUUUUUGAGGUCUCCGCUGCUGAGACUUAUCACGGUGUCCUGAUGGUGUUUCACGAACUGUUUGAACUCAUCCGAGAGGCGCGGGCGCUCAAGAAGGGUACCGCGGGGUUCAAAGGUAUUGUAAGGAGCAUGUCGGCGGUUUUUGGAAGGAAGCGGACCGAAUAAGUUAAUAUUCCCCCUCAAAGCAGAGGAAGAUUCAGGUUUAAACCCUUUAAUAAAUCCAUAUUGGAACAUAAUGUCUAGAUUAUUGACCUCAACUAGAUUUUGCAAGUUGACAAUCUUAAGGGGCCGUUCACACAAGGUUUGUUCUUGCGUGCCAUUUGCACUUUACACAUACUUCAGACGGACGUCUUUGGCCGUUUUGUCGCGCCUCGCGCCAUGAGCAUUGCAUUUUGAAAGUGCUUUUUCCUUGACUAUUAUAUCCCAAUAUGCUUUCCAAUGUUUUUGAACCCAUAGGGGGGCAUUCACACAGGACACGUUCUUGCAUCUAUCCACACUAUUAUUAUUAUCAAUUGUUGGUCUAUGCAGCUACAAAUGCCAUAGACAAACGCCUUUUGACUUGCGUCACAUCUUGUUUUUUUUCUUCAGCAUAUCGCUGCAUGAGUGUUGCGUUAAUUAGUAUCUGUGUCAAGUUGUUCACCUUUGAAACCUGUCUCAAAAGCCCUGCAUUCUUGUACAUCCAUUUGUGCUCCUAUCUGUUUUUGAACGCUUCCACAGUGAACAGACCCUUAUGCUUCAAUGUUCAAAUUAGGUCAGACAGAGCAACACUUCUCGGUUUUUUAAUUUAUGUUGUAAACUGUAACUUCUCUCCAUGUAGGUAAUAAUUACACUGUAUAUGAUAAGUGCUGUUGUAGGACAGAUAAUUCCUUCUUGGCUCGUUUGUCUAUUUAACAAAUUGAGACAUUAUAAUAUGUGGCCUCCAACACGUAAUAAAUGAAAAUUGUGACAUUGUUGCAUUUCUUAGUAAAAUGUUGAGAGUAUUCACACUUUUUUGCUGUAAGUGUUGCAUACAGGUCACAUGAAAUGCUAAAAAGUGAAGAUCUUCGUCUACAAUCAUGUGUAUUGAAGUUAUGUGGUUUACUGUGGUGCAUUUCAAAAUGAUGUCUGCUUUCACCCUGUUUAUCCAUAGGUUUGCUAAAUAUAAUGUAUUUAAAAAUUCCUGGUUUCAGGAUAUGCUCUUGGAUACACCUGUGAUACUUUCUGUUUAUAACUACCAAAUACAGAUUGUUGUACUGUAUAUGUUGUUAUUGCAGAAGCUUCUGAUAAUAUAGUUUUAUAAUAAAACAUGAUAA